AUGAUCAGCCGACACAUGCUAUCGCCGUCGUCAACGAAAGCGGCCUGGUGGCUUGCAACGUUUUUUAGUGUAUUCGUUACUGGUGAAAUGCCGAAGCAGGUGGACCAGGAACCAGAGUUUCUCCAAGCUCUGGAGAACCACACUGUGACACAGGGAAGAGACGUACACUUCACGUGUGUUGUAAACCAUCUUUAUAAUUACAGGGUGGCGUGGAUUAAGUCAGAUUCGAAGGCGAUUUUGGCUAUACACACAAAUAUGGUGGCUUUAAAUCCUCGUCUCAGCGUCACGUACAAUAACCACAAUACGUGGAAACUGCACGUGAGCAACGUCCAAGCAAAUGACUCCGGCACGUACAUGUGCCAAGUUAACACAGAUCCAAUGAAAAGUCAGAUGGGUCAUCUGUCGGUGGUAAUUCCGCCGGAUAUAGUGGACUCGGUCACGGAGGGCAGCUCGGCACAAGAGGGUGGCAGUAUAAGAUUGACGUGUACUGCUACCGGGGUUCCGCCGCCCACUGUGAUGUGGCGUAGAGAACACAACCGGCCUAUAGUGUUUAGGCAUGAUGGCGGCAGGGAGAGAAAAGGUUAG